AUGGCUUCUCAACAGGCCGACAACACCCCGCCGGCCGACGCUGCCGCCGCCGCCCCUCCGCCGCAAGCGUCGUCCGAGGUCCGCAGCGAGGUGCGCAAGCCCAAGAAGAAAAAGGUGCUGCUCAUGGGCAAGUCGGGCUCGGGAAAGUCGAGCAUGCGCAGCAUCAUCUUUAGCAACUACAUUGCCCGCGACACUCGCCGCCUAGGCGCCACCAUCGACAUUGACCUCUCCCACGUCAAAUUCCUUGGAAACCUUACCCUCAACCUCUGGGACUGCGGCGGCCAGGAAGCCUUUAUGGAAAACUACCUGUCCCAGCAGCGUGUACACGUCUUCUCAAACGUCGGCGUCCUCAUCUACGUCUUUGACAUUGAGUCGCGCGACGUCGACCGCGACCUCGCCACCUACGUUUCCAUCCUCUCCGCCCUGUUGCAGUUCUCCCCUGCCGCAAACAUCUACAUCCUCAUCCACAAGAUGGACCUCGUCGUCCCUACCGCCCGCGAGUCCGUCUACGACGAGCGCGUCCGCCUCGUCCGCCAAAAGACGGUCGAGUACGCGGCUUCUGUCACUGGCGAUGCGGCCUCGGUCGACUUGACGCCCUUUGCCACCUCCAUCUGGGAUCAGAGCCUCUACAAGGCCUGGGCCUCCAUCAUCCACGACCUGGUUCCCAACCUCGCAGUCAUUGAGCGCAAUCUUGCCAACCUCGGCCUGGCCAUCGAGGCCGAGGAGCUGCUCCUGUUUGAGCGAACGUCCUUCCUCGCCGUCUCCUCCUGGACUUCUCAAGAAGGCCACCGGAACCCCACAGAGGACCGCCUCGAGCGCAUGUCCAACAUCAUGAAGCACUUCAAGCAGAGCAUCUCGCGCUUCACCGGCACGCCCCGCAACGCCGAGCAAUUCAUCCGCAUGGAGCACAAGGCAGGCAUGCGUUUCAAUCUCUUUAUCCUCAAGUUCACCACAAACACCUACCUCAUGGUCGUCCUCCCUCCGGGAGAGGCUCGCUUCAACGCCGCCAUGCUCAACUGCCAGAUUGCCAUUGAGCACUUCAAGUUCUUGGACGGGCCGGCCGGGUAG